AUGAAACGCUUCAUCCGACGCAGCCUAGCGAAGAAGAUAAUCGCGGUAAUCUGGUUCUUUUCCGCCGCAUUGUUUAUUCCUUGGGCUUACUAUUUUCGGCUCUCACAUGCACCAGAUGGCCUCAUCAACUGUCGCGAGUUCUGGCCCUCUGUCACAGCCGACAGGGCCUUUUUUCUGGGUGUCGUGACUCUACUCGUCUAUACCACACCGCUGCUUUUCAUGGCUUACUGUUAUUGCUCCAUCAUCCUCCGUGUCUGGAUGAGAGUGCGUAAGGAUCAGUCCACUACGGGCGCCGCAAAAGCUACCAGUUCAGACGAGUCAAGAAACACGAAGGUCAUCCCUGAGAGACUCCAUUCUCCCACCAAGGAAGCGCCCUCGGAUCAGGAAAGAGGCACAGCCUCGGAUGUAUCCGGUUACGCUGAAACCCAGCCUUCUGAAACCAGAACGAUGAAUAGCUUUGCGACGCCAACAAAGUUUACUAAAAUAGACGACAAUUCACGGCAGGUUCGACUGCAUCCCGUGGGUGGAUUGAGCCGUGUUAAGACAGUGAAGAUCAUAAAAAUGCUGGCAAUUGUGGUAAUCAACUUCUGUAUCUGCUGGUUACCUCUGUUUACCAUUUUCAACAUUAUUAAAUUCUCCCCCACCUACUUGGCAUUCGCAUUCAAUACGUCUACCAAGGCAACCAAUGAAGAAUCCUCCAUGGAAGUGAAAUUCAGUGACGACGAUCAAAUGCGCGUGAUAUUCCUUCUGGUACCGUUCGCUCAGUUGCUCGGUUCCGCCAACAGCUGCGUAAACCCCUGGAUCUACUGCUUCUACUCCAAGCGCUACCGACGCGGCUUCAAAAGAGUGUUCCUCUGCCGAUCCAUGAAAGCUGUCUCCAUAAGACGACCUCCCCGUCUACAACCCUCUACUUCCCACUUCCGUCGUGGCCACAAUCUUGCUCUACGUGGUGUUGAUCAAACCGCCCUAGCUUAA